GAAUCAACACAUUUGAGCCUCAGCAGAAGUCACCAGUCUGUAAAGGAGAAGAUGGUCAUUGAGAUUCCAGCUCUAGGACGGCCGUUCUCUCUCGGGAUGCUGUAUGAUUGCCGGGAUGAUAAACUGAUUCCAGGUAUUACAUUUUGGAAGAAGGAGACGCUGGAAAAGGAUGUCCAGACAACAUCCCAGGAGAACACCUGCUUUGACAUAUUAGCAUCGGACACCAUGGCUGAUAAAUCGUCCGCAUUAAAUAUUAAGACUUCCUUGAAAGCCAGUGUUCUCUGUAGUCUGGUACAUGUUGGUGGAUCUGCUAAUUUCCUGCAGGAUAUGAAAACAUCCAAAACACAGGCCCGGAUUACUCUUAAAUAUUGUAGAAGCACAAGGUAUUCCCAGCUCAGCAUGAACCAUCUGAGUCCUGGGAACCUAUCUUAUCAUGAUGGGUUUGAUAAAGGAAUCGCAACUCAUGUGGUUACCGGGAUUUUAUAUGGAGCCCAAGCUUUUUUUAUAUUUGAUCAAGAUGUCAAGCCAGAACAAAAUGCUAUGGAUGUACAAGGAAAUCUCGAAGCAAUGAUCAGGAAAAUACCCCAAAUUGCAGUAAAUGCCCAAAUAAACAGCACAGUGAAGGAAACAGUUUCUAAAUUUAACUGUAAAUUUCAUGGGGAUUUUGCUCUUGAGAGAAAUCCCGUGAAUUAUGAGGAUGCCAUUAAUAUUUACGCCAGCCUGCCAAAGCUGCUCGGAGACAAUGGGAAGAAAGCCGUGCCAGUGAAAGUCUGGCUGCAUCCUCUGAGUAAACUGGAUAAAAGAGCUGCCACAUUAGUUCGAGAGAUUGGUGACAAUCUGGUUUUCAAAACAGAAAGCAUCAUCCAGCAAAUGGCAGAAGUGAACAUGCAAUGCAACGAUCUGAUGAAACAUCCAGUUGCUGAGACUUUCCCAGAUGUUGAGAGAAAGAUACGUCAGUUUAGAGAAUAUUGUGAACAAUUUACACUCGGGUUUCAGAAGCAACUCACACAAACCCUGCCUUCCAUUCGAGGUGGAGAAAUGGACGAAGCAGCAUUAGCGGAAAUUUUAAAAGUAAAAGAAGAGUCACCAUUCAGAGAACUUGAUAUUACAGAAUUUUUGAGGAAGAUACUACAUGAAAUGGACUUUAUUAAGUCUCUGUUAGAGGCGCUGCCUAAAAUUCAGCUUGUUCCCACAGAGAAUAAACUGAGAGAAGCCGUAAUUAAGCCAGACAUUGAUUUCACGGUUUGUUUUAACUUUACCUCACUAAGUUCCUUUGACCCAUACUUGUUGCAUAUUCAUGACUGGCUUGACAUGAACAGAUUUACCCCUGGACGGGUCAAUGAAAAGAUGAAUGCUCCACAUUGGUUUGGAGAAUUAGGGAUGACUAGAAAGGCUCGGCAAUAUGUAAAGGAGUUCUAUGCCUUUUUUUGUGCCAAUCUCAACAAUAAUCGGACCCAGUUUGUAGUUUCAUCUCUCCUGGACAAAAAUAACCCUGGGAUUUCUAUUUACUUGUAUGAAGAAGGAGAGUUGAUUAACACAAAUUUCAAGCUGCCAUCUCAGCCUGAUCCUAUGGUAAUAACAAUGAAAACCCACAACACUAUCGAGCUUAGCCUCCGUCCUGCAGAAUUAGGGAGGGAAAGUAUAAAAAGUUUCAGAGUGGAGCAUAAAUGUGUGCAUGAUGAUGUCUGGCUGUCCUUAAAUGUACAGAAAAUGGAAAAAAAUUGA